UUUAAAGGGAGCGCACUUCCGGUGCCCUUUCUCCCUGAUCGCUGAGGCCCGAACCCUCGUGUGCAGUUGUGAACUUUAGGCUGGAGUGGGGUACAAGAGGGCGGCCACCCCCUUCUCACCUCUGGUGCCGCCGCCCUCAGCAUCAGAUAUGGCCCAGAACCUGAAGGACUUAGCGGGACGCCUGCCCGCCGGACCCAGGGGCAUGGGCACGGCGCUGAAGCUACUACUGGGGGCUGGCGCGGUGGCCUAUGGCGUCCGCGAGUCCGUGUUCACCGUUGAGGGCGGCCAUCGAGCCAUCUUCUUUAACCGGAUCGGUGGCGUGCAGCAGGACACCAUCCUGGCCGAGGGCCUUCACUUCAGGAUCCCCUGGUUCCAGUACCCCAUUAUCUAUGACAUUCGGGCCAGACCCCGAAAAAUCUCCUCCCCCACAGGCUCCAAAGACCUGCAGAUGGUGAACAUCUCCCUGCGUGUGCUGUCUCGGCCUAAUGCCCAGGAGCUCCCCAGCAUGUACCAGCGCCUAGGCCUGGACUAUGAGGAACGAGUGUUGCCGUCCAUUGUCAACGAGGUGCUCAAGAGUGUGGUGGCCAAGUUCAAUGCCUCACAGCUGAUUACCCAGCGGGCCCAGGUGUCCCUGCUGAUCCGCCGUGAACUGACGGAGAGGGCCAAGGACUUCAGCCUUAUCCUGGAUGAUGUUGCUAUCACAGAGUUGAGCUUCAGCCGGGAAUACACAGCUGCUGUGGAAGCCAAACAAGUGGCCCAGCAGGAGGCCCAGCGGGCCCAGUUCUUGGUGGAGAAAGCAAAGCAGGAACAGCGGCAGAAGAUCGUGCAAGCAGAGGGGGAGGCGGAGGCCGCCAAGAUGCUUGGAGAAGCGCUGAGCAAGAAUCCUGGCUACAUCAAGCUACGUAAGAUCCGAGCAGCCCAGAAUAUCUCUAAGACGAUCGCCACUUCACAGAAUCGCAUCUAUCUCACGGCCGACAACCUCGUACUGAACCUCCAGGAUGAAAGUUUCACCCGGUAAGCAGUAUGUGGUACAUGGCAAGGUGAAGGCACGUGGUCCCUGAGUCUGGUCACUUGGGUUCUGAUGCCUGUUAAAAAGGUAUGCAUAUGACCUGUGACAGGCAUUUGGCUUGUCAGAAGGGGAGACAGAAGGGGGGCAGCUGCCUGUUCCUAUCCUGCAUCCCAUGGCACUGAUUCUGAUCCUGUAACGGGCACAUUAAUGGCAAAUACUUAUCUAACCAAAGUGAUGGAAGACGGUACUUGGGAUCCUCACUCAGGACCCCUGAAACUGCUGUCCCUGGGCACAGAGCUGCCUGGGGAAGCACAAAGCAGCUCUUCCUUGGCCUGAGCUGUGAGUCAUGUGCAUUUCUCUUUGUUUUUCUGCUUGCGGGGUGACCUGGUGUCUUCCACAGAGGAAGCGACAGUCUCAUCAAGGGUAAGAAAUGAGGCUGGUCACCCAGAACUCCGCCCCAGAGAGGAAGUGGCUGUUUCUCUUCUGGAUCUUGAGGAGCAGCUAGGGCUCUGGCGCCCUCGUCGCACCGGUUUCCUGUAAUGCUGGGCUCUAUGCCUAUUGUGUAGGGCCCACAGAACACCGACCUUUGGGGAUGCCUUCCUCCUCACGUGUCGGCCAGAGAGUCAGGACCGUGUGUGAUUUCUCAGUGAUUUCCUACAGUGUUGUUCCCUCCCCCCAGAUGGAAAGAAUAAUCACCACCCCAAGAAUUCUCAAUAAACUUUUAUUACUUAA